CAAUGUGGUUACACAAUACCACCAAACUGACCAUCUGCAAAUAAAUAUUCAAAAAAAUUUAAAUUUGGGAAAAACCCGACACCGAAAAUCGACAGACGGAAUGACACUACGAAUUUUUAUUAUUUUUCUGGAGUUUCCCCGCAUCUAUUACAGGUGUUGAGGUCAUUAAUGUACAAAACAAACGGUUUGGGUGUAAUCCUUUUAUGACCUGUAUAAAACCUUUGCACCGAAAGAAAGAAAAUAUUCAGCAGCACCUGGCGCAAAACGACUUGAUUUUAGUUUACCUGUUAAGUAAAGUUGAAGCUGGAUGUCAUUUCAGUUUGAUCAGUGACUGUGAAAGGAUCGUUCCAACGCUUUCAUACAAAUUUACUGAAAGUUAUCAUUAAACAUGGAUUCACCUUGUGCAAAAAGACGAAGAAUGAACAACGCUAAUCAUGCUGUUCAUAGCGAAAUUAACCAUCUGGAGAUGCCUUGGACUGACGACAGGAAAGUUUUUUACAACUCUUGGGGUUUUGAUAUGGAAGAUGUGGAAGAGAUGCCUGCACAAUGGUCGGAACUUUCUUAUUCGAAACGGCGAACGAAAUGCACUAUGUGUGGAGGUGAUGAUCAUUUGAUGUCGUCAUGUCCAGAAGCUUGUUGUUUGAAGUGUGGUGAAAAAACCGAUUAUUUUGAAGAUCAGUGCGCAAACUGUGUAACAGAGGCUUCAACAACAUGUGAAAUAUGUGGCUACCGAGGUCACAGCAAAUAUAACUGUCCCUAUGUGUGGAAAUACUUACCUAGCACCAUUCCGGCGUUAUCGUCACCAAUGUGUUCAAUGCACGAUAACCCUCAGCUUCAAUUGAAUUGGAACGGCAAUGAAAACAGUGACAUAUUUUAUUAACGUAAUUUUAAAGCUACUAGAGAAAUGAACAUAUAAGAAAAGAGAAAAUUUAGUCGUAAUGUCGAAAGUUUGAAUGUGUUUUUGUUUGCGGUCUCUUGGUCAAUUGUUUUUUUUCUUUUGGGUUUUUUUAAUGUUAACAGAAAAAUGAAACAUUUGCUCUGAAACAAUAAAUGAACGACAGAAUAGAAAUGCUGAACCAUUAAAACAUGUGCCACUAAAACAACUUGAAGUAAACAGAAAAAAAAGAUUGAAUUAUUAAGUCAGGAGAUCUCGUUUAGUGUUCUGUCUCAAAUUACAAUAAACAUAAACAUUAAAUUGUAUUCGAAAGAGAAUGGAGUGCAUUGUAGUGUUCGUAUUAAGAAAUUAUUUUUUUUUCGUUCACAAUUUUUGUCUUAAAUGUUUUCAGACCAUUCCAAACUCUCAAAAAAUGAAUUAUUUUUCGUAGAUGAUAAGUUUUGUCACUGAACGGAAUAAAUUUUAUCCUAAAACCAAUUAUGAGAAAA